AACUGAACUAUCUAAGGAAAACAGUGAGAGCAAAUAUUGCGCUGAGGGGAGCUUCUGAUUAGGAGACCUCCCUCCGGCCAGCCGGGCUACACACCUUCCCAGCAGAAGGGUGGUGGCUUGCUCUCGGAGGCCUGGGACCAGCAGCUGAAGCCAUGGCCACCACCACGUGCCAGGUGGUGGGGCUCCUCCUGUCCCUCCUGGGUCUGGCUGGCUGCAUAGCUGCCACUGGGAUGGACAUGUGGAGUACCCAGGACCUGUACGACAACCCAGUCACCUCGGUGUUCCAGUAUGAAGGGCUCUGGAGGAGCUGCGUGCAGCAGAGCUCGGGGUUCACCGAGUGCCGGCCAUACUUCACCAUCCUGGGCCUUCCAGCCAUGUUGCAAGCAGUGCGAGCCCUCAUGAUCGUGGGCAUUGUUCUGGGUGUCUUUGGGAUUCUAGUGUCCGUCUUCGCCUUGAAGUGCAUUCGGAUUGGCAGCAUGGAUGAUUCUGCCAAGGCCAAGAUGACGCUGACCUCUGGGAUCCUGUUCAUCAUCUCAGGAAUCUGUGCAAUUAUUGGUGUGUCGGUGUUUGCCAACAUGCUGGUUACCAACUUCUGGAUGUCCACAGCUAACAUGUACAGUGGCAUGGGUGGAAUGGUGCAGACUGUUCAGACGAGGUACACCUUCGGUGCAGCUCUAUUCGUGGGGUGGGUGGCUGGAGGCCUCACCCUAAUUGGGGGUGUGAUGAUGUGCAUCGCCUGCCGUGGCCUGACACCAGAUGAAAGCAACUUCAAAGCCGUGUCUUACCAUGCCUCUGGCCAAAAUGUUGCCUACAAGCAUGGAGGCUUCAAGGCCAGCACUGGCUUUGGGUCCAAUGUCAGAAACAAGAAGAUAUAUGAUGGGGGCGCCCGAACAGAAGAUGAUGAACAGUCUCAUCCUACCAAGUUUGACUAUGUGUAAUGCUCUAAGACACCUCCCGACUCAUGCAGAAGAAACCCUUCCCCAAGAAGAGCUCACCCCAAAACAAGAACAUUCUACCUUGUUCCAUUAUUGCUUUUGACUGACAGCUGGAAGCUGGUAAAGACUUAAUUUCAUCCAUGGGGAGGCUAGACAGUCUAGGCUGUGUUGUCUCUGUCUCUAAAUAUUCCAUCACAAAACAUAUGAGUUAUCAUUUAUGAGUUAGAGGCCAUAACAGCCAUGUAUCCCAAUCCUCUGCCUUUUCCUAUGAACUUUUAAAUCUGGUGAUAGAAUGUAACUUAACUCACUAACCAAUAUUUUAAUGACUUAGACAAACUUUCUUUCCUCAUAUUUAAUAAACCUGUUGAUGAUCUAUUUCCCAGCUUGACCCCCAAGAAAACUUUAAAAGGGAAAAAAUAGACUAAAAGGCAUUAUUUCCUACUAAUUUUGCUUUACCCACCCCCAACUUGACUAAAUAAAACUAAUGAACGCUGACUAAAGAAAAAAAGUAGAGGAGAGAUAGCUGUGAUCUAACCAGCCUUCCAUCUGAGUUGGCCACGUGUCUAUCUAAAACAUUAUUACCCCACUGGUUUUCAGGGGAGGCAAGGCAGCCUCUCUGCUUCUCUUGCCAUCUGCUGAUUUCAACAAGACCAUUCCAGAGCUUUCUACCUGAGGCCCUCCUUCUGUCAGAAAUUUUCCUUAGACAAGAAAGAAGUGGAUUUUCGUAACCUAAGUCCAAUGUACAGUUAUAAUAAAUAGUACAUUAGCAAAAUGCUAUAUAAUAUCUCCGUGAAUUAGCCUCACCCUUACAUAUGGAAACAUCUGGGGGGCAGGGAAUUAUUACUUGACUUUGUCUCUAUUGUACUCUAUAAGGUUCUACAUAAAUCCAAACUUCAUGAAAAGCUUACUGACCUGUUUUCUUUUGAGAUCUCCACAACCUGAGUACUCAUAGGUGCAGCCUUUGCAUUAAAAAAAAAAAUCAAAUCCCAAAUCCUAAACUAUUCCUUUUUUUCAAGAAGAAUAGUGAGCCUGUGCAUAGUUACAGUCACAGCCAGUUUACCGUGCCACUGCCUGGGCCCUGUUUUGUGGUUCUGACAGCUGCCUCAGAAAUUAAUAUGUGGGCCACACCCUUCUCUGUGCUUGUAGGACUGCCUUUUUGAGGAGAAGCAUGAACUCUAUCCCAGCAUGCAGCUGGAAUAGGCUCCCACAAAAUGGAGAUAAGGAUGCUCAUUAAAACCCACCCAGGCCCAGGACAGCAGUAGUAAGAGCCUGGCCGUGGCUUUGUUGUGGAGGAAAGGGCAGUCCUCACAUUAAUAGUGCAUAUGAAAAUAGCCUCCAGGAGGUCAGUGAAUACUCAGGGCUGGCUCCAGGGUAGCACACAGAGUCCUUCCCACUGGGACACCAGUGGUUUUAGGCUAUAUUGAAGAGGGCCAUCCUGAAACUCAUUGUCUGAGGUGGCAUAAUGAAAAAUGAACAGAUCAAACAAUUCAAGAGAAGAGGGAAAGAAGGAGGCAGAUGUGAGCAAUUGAGAGUGUGAAGGUUAAGGUUCUUGGGGUCCGAAUGGAAGGUCAUCCCUUUGAGACCGUGGACACAGUGAGCUUCCCUGGACCCCCACCUACCCACCCACCAGAAAGUCCCUGGUCAGAUUGGAGGCCGUGAGCACAGCUGUGUUUUCAGUUAGCAUUUCUCUAACAUGUCAUUGGUUGUUUUGGGGUGGUCUUUUUUUUUUUUUUUUUGGUUUUUCCAGACAGGGUUUCUCUGUGUAGACCAGGCUGUCCUGGAACUCACUUUGUAGACCAGGCUGGCAUCAAACUCACAGAUCUGCCUGCCUCUGCCUCCACAGUGCUAGGAUUAAAGGCGUGCGCCACCACCACUCAGCUUAACCCGUGAUUGUUUAAAAGCCUUCCCAUAGACUGUGCUUUGUCACCUUUUCAUUAUGGCUCUACCUUAUUGUAUGCAUUGAGUGCUAACCUCUAUAUUUUGUUACUUAAAUAUUAAAAACACUGUUAACUUCA